AUGUUGAAACCACCGAAAGAUCUGCUCCCUAACGUAGUUAACAUGAUUCAAAAUGAUCAUCCAUAUAUCAAAGCACUAAAUGAAGAUAUUAAUAAAUUGUACAUAGAUCAGAAACAGUCAGAAGAAUUGUCGGCUGAAAGAGAAUCGUAUAUUGCAAUGAUUCGAUUAUACUUGAAAUCCGAAACAAUUAAAAAGCAAAUCGAACCACAAGGAGUGAAAAUCAAUCGCGUUACUGUGUUUGGUAGCUUUUCAACGCAUUGUGCUUCAAAAGACAGUGACCUAGAUUUGUGCGUAUGUGCGUCAAAUGAAGGGGCGAAAAAGGCCUUACCUGUGACAGUUCUUCAAACCAUCUACCGCGAGUUAGUGAACAAUAUACAUUCGAGAAACUAUUUUUUCGGAGAUAAUGAAAUUAGAGAAAUCUCAUUUGUAUCCACUGCCAAAGUUCCAAUAAUAAGAUUCAUGAUUAAUAACGUUCCUGUUGAUUUAAGUGCCACUUUUGAAAACACUCCUCCCCGUACGAGUCUUGCCGCAAAAUACAUAAAUGCAUACUGCCAAUUAGAUGAUCGAUUCAAAGUAUUGGUUACCUUUUUGAAAACAUGGAUGAAAUCAGAAGGGAGUGCAGAAGAUCAUCUCCGCGAUUUUCCCAAUUCUUAUUCGCUGAUACUCUUGCUGAUCCAUGUUUUACAAUGGUACGACAUUGUACCGAAUCUUCACGAGACACAUACUGAAUUGUUCCAUCACAAACACUUCAAAUCGUGGAAGUUAGCGGACGUUUCCCAUGAAUUCAAAUAUCCAUUGGAUGAAAACACCAUUGCGAUGCAUAACAAAAAAGAAACGAGAAAAUUGAGUAUCGUACAACUUCUAUACCUGUUCGCGUGUCAGUAUUCAGAAGAAUCUAUUAUGAUGUAUUAUCGUUUCAACAUGAAGAAUGGAAUGAUUGAAGGACGAUCUCAAAAGGAAAAUCCAGUUACUAUUGUGGAUGUCUAUGAUACGAGGAAUCCAGCAAGAAGUGCCAGAAGUAUUCUUGAUAUGACCGGUUCAUUGACGUACCUUAGAAGGUUAUUUCUGGCACCUCGUGACAAUAUGUUCGCUCUGCUCAUGAAAAUCACCGUAGAAAAGCCAUAUCUCCCACAAAAUGCUUUCCCGUAUCCCAUGUAUCCUCCAAUGAUGAAUGGUGCGGCUUCGAUGUACCAAAUCGGCCAUUUCGGGUCUCCACAGUUUAUGUACCAACAACCUUGGUUUCAAAACAAUUCGGUUUGGAACAAUCAAAAUAACGGUGGACAACAAGGAACAUCUAAUCAAAAUGCGAACAACCAUAGUAACAAACAAUAUGUACAGUAUAUGCCGCACCCUCCUGUUCAGUCGAUGACCAAUGUUAAUAUGUAUCAAAGUUAUGCCUUCGGCCAAUAUCCGUUUUCUUAUUCACAAUAUCCACAGCAGCCUGAUGGGAACGUGAAACAAAUCGACAAUAAACCGAAACGAAGAUAA